CAUUCUAUUUUAUCUCACGCGCUUUGAACUCUUGAAACUCGUUUGGUCCCCUUCAUAUGCUUUCCAAGAAAUUGUCUAAGACUUCACAAGAAACUUCCCUCUCUCUGUCCUUCUACUUUGUUUAUCUCACGCACUUGACCUGUUGAAAGUCCACUGAAAAAUUCCAUUCACCCUUUUCUACUCCAUUCUACUUUGUUUAUCGCACGCAGUUGACCUGUUGAAACUCGUUUAGUUCCCUUCAUAUGCUUUCCAAGAAAUUCUCUAACACUCCACAAGAAACUUCCCUCUCUCUGUCGUUCACCGCACUCAGCUUGGUUUAUAUAACCCCGAUCGCGUUUGGGACUGCAUAUCCAUACUCUCUCUUCAAACUUGUGCAGAACAAGUCAUGGAGAUUUCUGUUCAGCACCAGUCUCAGCCUCCCGCCAUCAAAAUCCUCUGCGAUCUCAACGAGGAGUUUCAUCAGUAUCAGCCGCCCAUCAACAGAAUCCCCUUCGAUGUCAACAACAAAUUUAAUGUGUUUCUGAGCUUUCGCGGAAAAGAUGUGAGAAAAACUUUUGUCGACCAUCUUUACGAAUCUCUCUCUGGAGCGGGACUUAGGGUUUUCCUCGACAGCGAAGAACUGGAGAAGGGCAAAGACAUCGAUUCCAGCUUGCAAACGGCCAUUGAAACAAGUGAUGUUUUCAUUCCGAUAUUUUCCCAACACUAUGCAGAAUCACCAUGGUGUCUGAAGGAGGCGGCCCAGAUGUUGAGAUCUAAUGGCUUCAUCAUUCCUCUGUUUUAUGAUGUGGAGCCCUGUGAUGUUCGCUACCCUCAAAGAGAGGGAGGUCCAUUCGCCGAGGCAUUCAGAAAACAUUACAGCCAUUUAGAUCGGCAGGAUGAGACUACAAUCGAGGAAUGGAAGAAUGCUCUUUAUCAAAUCUCUUCUCUUUCUGGUUGGACAAGGGCGGAAGAAUUCGGAUACGAAGGAAGACUGGUUAAAAGGGUUGUGAAAGACGUGUUGAAUACCUUAAAGAUCACUCCGCUGGAUGUCCCUGUUCAUCUUGUGGGACUUGAAACGCAUAUGUGUGACCUACUCAAUAGAUUAGAUCUCAGUUCGUCGCAUAACACAGUAAGAGUGGGAGUCAGUGGUAUAGGCGGCGUCGGUAAAACCACCCUGGCCAAGGCUGUUUACAAUGGAAUUUAUGCUAGGUUUAAUGCCUAUUUCUUUGCACAGAAAAAUAAUACUCUUGUAGACUUGCAACGGGCAAUUCUAAGAAGAUUGGUAAAUUACCAUGGAGAAGUUUCAAGUGUUGCCGAGGGAAAAGCUCUGAUGGAAAACCUAUUGCGAGGAGUUUGUGCCCUUGUCAUAUUGGAUGAUGUGAAUGAUCGGAGCCACUUGGAUGCAGUGAAUGGGGAUUGGUUCGGGCCUGGUAGCAGAAUCAUCAUUACAUCCCGAAAUCGACACAUACUCAAUCUUGCUAAGGUUGAUUCAGUUCUUGAAAUGAGUGGGCUAGGGGAGGGUGAAGCUCUUCAAUUGUUUUGUUGGCAUGCUUUCUCGAGGGCAUUCGCGGAGAACCCCUACAAACAACUUUCUACAAGAAUUGCAAAAGCCUGCCGGGGACAUCCUCUUGCAUUGCAAGUUAUUGGAGCACAUUUGUUUGAUAAGAAGCAGCGGGACGACAUUCAAUGUUGGGAAGAAGCUCUGCACAACAUUGGGGAAAAUCAAGAAAUAUCCGAAGUCCUUCGAAUCAGUUACGAUGGACUUAGCCAUGUUGAGAAGGAAAUAUUUCAGGAUAUAGCUUAUUGCUUUGCUGGUGAAAGGGAAAAUGACGCUGUUAUGUUCUGGGAAGUUUUACACCCAAACAGAGUUCAAACAGCCCUCAAGAACCUUUCGCUGAAAAUGCUUAUAGGUAUAAAUGUCAGUGACUCUCAAGCAUUCCUCAGUAUGCAUGACCUUUUGCGGGAAAUGGGAAGAGGAAUUCAAGAGCAGGUUGAUAAUAAUAGGAGACUGUGGCUGCCAAUGGGUGCACACAGAAAUUUGAGCAGAGACAGAGCAGAGGGAGUGAAUAUGCUCGUUUACACAGGAGAGAAUGGAAGAGAGCCCGUCAGUGUCCAUAGAAUGCAUUCCCUACGCUACCUAGUUGUGCAAAAUACUAUAGUGGGGAACAUUGGAAACUUGGCACCGAAUUUGUUAUGGAUAAAAAUAAGAAAUUGUGAAUUUGUAAGUGAUACAUAUUCAUUGUUAACAUUGAGAAACAGAUUCCAGCUGGAUAGCAAUUGGUCCCAAGUCAGGAUUUUAAGUGUAGACCAGUGUGCAAGUAUUACGAGAAUUCCAAAUACACUUGACAGCUUGGUGAACCUCCGACGCCUGUAUCUGCGGGAUUGCAUAGCUCUCACAACACUUCCAAACACUCUUGGUAACUUGUCACAAUUGGAAAAGUUAUAUUUGGGCGGCUGUACGAGUUUAACAAGCCUUCCUCAUACUGUGGGCAACUUGAGGCAGCUAAAAUAUUUGGGUUUGGAAGGUUGUACAGGUCUAAGAAGCCUUCCCAGCACUGUAGGCAACUUGAGGCAGCUAGAAGCAUUAGAUUUGUCAGGCUGUAUAGGUCUAAGAAGCCUUCCCAGCACUGUAGGUGAUUUAGCUCAUCUAAAAGUGUUGUACUUAAGAAGAUGUACAGGACUAAGUAAUCUUCCCAACACAAUAGGCGACCUGGCACAACUCUGGCGUUUGUCCAUCUUUGGUUGUUCAGCUUUACAGAGCCUUCGUUACCCGUUGGCCAAGUUACAAAAUCUAAGGAGUUUCACUUUAUCAGGUUCGGGAGACAUAGAAAGCUUUCAUGAUGCGGUGGUCAAGUCAGCCCAGGUUAGGGAGUUAAACAGAAGGGUCGGCAUAGGAAGCUUGGUUCAGAAGAAGUUUAAUGUCUACUUUAUUUACCACGCAGCAGAUGAAAAGGAAAUAUUGAUAGAUUAUUAUAAGUACAAAUACUUGCGCACCGGAUCACUUCGAAUAUGCCCAGGCAGUUUGGAUAGCGAAAGUAGUGACAUUAGGGAGGCAAUUGAUAACAUUGAUAACUCUGAUAUUCUUGUUCCUGUAUAUUCCAAAAGCUUUGCGGAGUCGAAUAUGUGCGUGAGAAUGUACGCAGCCAUGAGCCGCUCGAAAGCCUUUAUUAUGCCUCUGCAACUUCGCACCUAUACACGGCGCUAUUUUAACGAAGUUACGAAAACAAUGAGAGAGUUAGAAGUCAAAGGUUUUAAGAUAUAAAAAGUUUUUAUUUUUUCAUUGACAUAUUUUCAUUGUGAAUAUUGAAACUAUAAUGUCUAUUUUCCGGGGUUUAAAGUUUUGUAAUGAGAUUUUUGGGUAGAAUAUUUAAAUAAAAUUUGAAAUUCAAUUGGAUUUAAAA